AUGAGAAGUCCAGAAAUUGUGAACAAAAAUGGCCAGAAAGAUAGUAAUGUCUGUGGAGGUAGUGAUAGUAAUGGUCCUUCUGAUUUCGACAAUGGUGGCAGAAGUUUUCGUGAUGUCUCUUUUUCGGACAUCAGAAAUGGUUUUUCAAACAAUGGUGCAGCAACAGAUAUUGCUUUGUCGUCUCAAAAUCCCACUCUGAAUAAUUCCAGCAUUACAGUGACAAGUGACUCUCAAUCAUCAAUAUAUGUUGGCAAUCCAAGAUCAGCUGCUAAACCAACAGGCAGAGGGAAUCAAGCAAUCAGUAAUUCCUCGAACGAUCAAUCAGAUGACGAUGACAAUGGCACAGAAGCUGGUUCAUGUGAACAAAGCACUGACCCUAUCGACACAAAGCACAUCAAAAGGAUGGUUUCGAAUAGGGAGUCUGCUCGUCGCUCGAGAAGAAGGAAGCAGACACACUUGGCAGAACUUGAACAGCAGGUUGAACAACUAAGGCGAGCAAGUGCAUCUUUGUCCAAGCAGCUUUCAAAUGCUACGCAUCAUUUUAAAGAUGCCACAACUAAUAACCGGGUGCUUCAGUCAGACGUUGAAGCUUUGAAAGCCAAGGUGAAACUAGCUGAAGAUAUGGUUGCUCGAGGCUCAUUCACCUCCAGUACCAGUCAUCUUCUUCAAAAUUACUUGAACAUUUACACUCCCCAGACAUUUAGCAACAAUAACAUGUCUCCUACAAUUAAUAUUGUUCGUGCAAGAGAUGAUAUUACAUACCCGGGAGUGCCCUCGUCGGUGCAAAGUUCAACCUUUGGACAGCUUGAAAAUCUAGAUACCUUCAAUGGCAGCAUUAAUAAUGGAGGAGCCAUAAGUGAUUCUGUAAGCUGUGUGACAGAGAUAUGGCCUUGGGAAUGA